GUCGAUUAUUCCAUCUUCUUUCUUUCUGUUCCAUUAAAUUGGGUCGAGAGAAACCGAGAAGCAGGGCGCGCAGGGGAGGAACAAAAAAAUUCUCCGAGCUCAAUUCUUGAGCUCUAGUGAUCCAAAAAUCUCGUAAGUAAUGCCUAAUUCAUCUAUACAUCGUAUUUUAUCGAUUUAGAGCUUUAAAAUGAGUUUUUGGUUCAGGAAUUUCUUGAAUUCCCGCUAAGCCAAAUUAGGGUUUCGGAGUAUCCGGAAGCCGGAUUGAGCCCAAAUUUCAUAUACGAGCUUCCUGCAGCGAGGUAAUCAAUCCUCUAGUUCUAAUCCCUGAAUUUCGGUAAUUAUUUAGGCCGGGGUCCAAACCGCUGAAUUUAGCUCCGGCCAGGGUUUGAUGUGUUUUUAUCAAGAAUUUGACCCGGAGCCUAGAACUAAUAUUGACGGGGAUACUGCAGGGGAUAUUAGGACGGUCUCGGAUUUUAAUUCGGGGUUCGUUCGUGAAAUUGACGUUUUAGUACGGGAAGCUUAAACCGGUGUUUGAACGACCAGAACUGGUGAGGGAUUAGCACGGCAUACCGGGUUUGUCGUAUCACGAUAAUUAUAUUGAUGCUUAGAAUUGACCUAGGUGAAUUAGAAUGGUAUGAUUAGGGGUGUAUGGACUUUUCUGCUAUAUGAUGAACUAUAGGCUUCUGUAUGAUAUUAUUGACUUGCCCUAAUCGAUAUGGACCUUGUUUAUGUUGAUGAUUGCAUAUAUGUUGCAAAUUGUGGACUUGACUGUUAAUAUGCUUUACAAUGGUUCGAGAAGGUGAUUAGGUAUGAUUUUUCAUGAUUGUUGUAUUUGGAUGCACAAGUAGGAGAAUAUAUAUUCCCUGGUGAUAGUAUGAUGUAUAAGGAGGAUGACUUGCACGAGGGUUUAUCCCGAGGAAGUGCAAUUAUACGACUCCUGAUUUACCUAUGUCGAGCCAAUUAUGGCCAGGUCAAGUACAUGUGCAAGUAAUGAAUUAUGGUUAAGCAAGAUGAGAUAUGAAUCAUGUAUAAGGAUACCAAAUAUGAGUGUUGUGGUCUCACGGUCAACUACAUAGUAAUUAGGGCUCCCUAUGCUAUUACUCUGUUAUGAUAUGUAUGAUAGUCACACCUCUCAUGUGGUGGUGACUGAAGAAUUCUUACGAGAUAUGACCGCACCCAGAGUGGUGUCGGGGUAUGACUACACCCAUAGUGGUGUGGGGUAUGUAUGACCACAUCCGACGGGAUGUUGGGGUAUGUAUGACUACAUCCGACGGGAUGUGGGGUAUGUUUCCCGGGAGAGUUAUUAGCACGGGAGUAUCCAGGCGCCUAUAAGUAAAACACGAUAAGACGCAUAUGCAUAAGUCAAGGUGGUUGAGUCUUUUGCCCAUUGGGACAUGAAGAUGGCUGUGAACUGAUCCUAGUGUUUUGGCUUGUUUGCUAGAUGUAUGGUAGGGGUAUGCUCUGUUAUGAACUCACGAUGCUAUGAUUAUCUCACUCAGCUAUGAGCUGACCCUCUUUAUCCUUUUUCUCUGCUUAUGCCAUGUGUAAGCAGAUCAUCAUCAUCGGCAGUAGAUAGGUGUAUAGGUGGUAGCUGAGCAAGAGUUGAAGGCAAGAUGAGGUAUGGUCUUCAACUAUUCUGUGCUUGGACGACUACUCGGGAUUUUGGCCAGUGAUCCACACCUUUUUGUAAAAAUGUUUUGAGAAUGUUUUUCAUGUGCAUACUAGCUUCUGAAGUAGAGUGAGAUAUCCACAGGUGUGGAAAGUUGAUGAUAUGUGUAUAUUUGUGUAAUUGUGUAAGUUUUGAUGAUUAUGGCAUGUAUAAGUAUGGUAUGCAGUUAUGGAGUAUGAAAACUGUGAUUAUGGCUAUGAAAGCCAAUGUAUAUGGUUGUGAGUAUAUAUGUUGAUGAUAUGUGUAUAUUUGUGUAAUUGUGUAAGUUUUGAUGAUUAUGGCAUGUAUAAGUAUGGUAUGCAGUUAUGGAGUAUGAAAACUGUGAUUAUGGCUAUGAAAGCCAAUGUAUAUGGUUGUGAGUAUAUAUGUUUGUGAUGAAUUAUUUUGCAGGAUAAGUUGCAAGAACUGUUAGCCCAUUACGCGAGUAAUUCAUGUCGAAAUUUUAUUUGAUUUUUGGUAAUUAAUGUAACACCCGAGAUUAUUUCCGCUGCAAUUGUAUGAACAAUAUGAUUAGGUAAUACGUAUAGGGUAGGGUGUUACAGUUUGGUAUCAGAGCAUGGUUCCCUCUUUUUGAUGUUAUGGCGUACUAUACCCUAUGGGAGGUUAAACACUCCUAAGGAGGGGAGUACCCCAUAAUGACUUAAACUGGGAAUUUAGUUUGACAUGAUUAUGUGUAUUGGUAUUUUGGUUUUCAAAAUUGAGUUUUGAACUUAUUUGUUUUCAAGUAAUUAUUUUGGAAAUUUUUUGUUUUAACCAAGUGAGAGAUUUGGUGAAGAAUGAAUUUUGUGUGGAUCAAUCUAAGGCCAAUAUUUCCUUGUAGCUCGCACGAAAGUUGUCAUAAUGUUCCUACUGACUAGUCGAGAGGAGUGGGGGCGGUUGAUGCAAGACCGCCAGUAUUAGAUUAUGCAAAGAUGAAGAGUUUGGGUGGUAAGGACUUCAAGGGAGAUGUGAGUCCAGAUGCUGUAGUAGAGUGGUUGGGAGAGAUGGAAGAUGUGUUUGAGUAUCUUUAUGCGACCCAAGAGGAAAAAGUACAAUAUGUUGUUUUUCUCCUAAAGGGGUACGCGAGGAGCUGGUGGUCCUCAGUCUCUAGAGUUAAUGGUGAACGAGUUCAGUUCACCUGGGAGGAGUUCCUGAAGGCCUUUAAGACAGAGUUUCUUCCCGAAGCUUUUAUCAGGGCAAAGAACAAUGAAUUCUCCAACCUUAAGCAGGAUAAUAUGACAGUUACUGAGUACACCAUCAAGUUUGUUCGACUACUUUACUUUGAGGAUGGGUUGGCGGAUACUGAGCGUAAGAAGAAGAUGAGAUACUUGCAUGGUCUGCACAUAGGAUUGAAAGAAAAGGUCCACAGGGUUGAUGAAGAGAGUAUGGCAACAAUCAAGGAGGCAGCACUUAAGUAUGAAGCCUAUGAAGUUGAGAGCCGAGAGGAACACAAGGCCAAAGAAGAGGAGAAGAAGAAGAAGUUUGGAGUAAAUUAUGCUGGACCUCGUUAUCCACCUAGGAGAGGUCCUAGCAGUUUUGGGAGAACACCAACUCAAUCUAUGUCGGGAACAUCAUACAGGUCACCAAUUUCCUCAGCCACACAAUUUCCAUUUUGUCAAGUUUGUCAGAAGAUGCAUCUUGGAGAGUGUAGGAGAUUUUAUGGUGUAUGCUUUCACUGUGGCCAACCUGGGCACAUCAUGAGGGAUUGUCCGCAUUCGAGAGAAGUAAGAGCUACACAGUCCGAGCCUUCAGUGCAAUUUAGUAGAGCCCCAUUCAGGGGUGGUUACCAGGGAGGCCGUAGUGGAUUUCAGAGUGGUCGUGGUGGUUCACAGGGUGGUAGAGGUGGUGGUCAAAAUCAGCCAUCAGGAAGUGGUACGCAGAGUACCAGAGCACAGGGAGCACCGAGGGUUUAUGCAAUGACUCGAGGGGAGGCAGAAGUGGCACCAGAAGUUGUGACUAGUAUGCUUUCUAUCCUUGGCAAGCAAUUAUAUGCUUUGAUCGAUACUGGUUCCUCUCACUCAUUCAUGUCAUAUACGUUUGCACAUAUGCUACGCUUAGUUCCAGAUAAGCUAGGUUAUACCUUAUGUGUUAAAACACCUGUGGGAGAUACCUUGAAGGUAGACUCAGUUAUUAGAGAUUCCUUCAUUUGUGUGGAAGGAGCUUUCCUAGUAGCAGAUUUAAUUUUGCUACCUUUUGAUGAAUUUGAUGUCAUCCUUGGAAUGGACUUUCUGGCAACACAUGGAGCUGUUGUGGAUUGUCAAAAGAAAGAAGUGUUAUUCAACACACCAGAUAAAGGUCCUGUUGUAUUUCGAGGCAUUAAGAAAAAGGAGACUCAUGGUUUUCUUUCUGCCUUGGAAGCUUUUCGAUUAGUGAAGGAAGGUUGUGAAGCCUUUCUUGCUCAAGUUACUGUAGUAAAUGAUAAGAAGGUUGAGGAUGUAGAGGUGGUAAGGGAGUUUCCUGAUGUAUUCCCCGAAGAACUUCCCGGCCUUCCACCAGAAAGGGAAGUAGAGUUUGAUAUUGAAUUGGUACCUGGCACAACACCAAUUUCAAUGGCACCAUAUAGAAUGGCACCAAUUGAGCUGAAGGAAAAAUUGCAAGAAUUGCUAGACAAAGGGUUUAUUCGACCUAGCAUCUCACCUUGGGGUGCACCGGUUUUGUUUGUCAAGAAGAAAGAUGGCUCCAUGAGAAUGUGCAUUGACUACCAAAGGUUGAAUAAGGCGACAGUGAAGAAUCGUUAUUCCCUCCCAAGAAUAGAUGACUUGUUUGAUCAAUUGCAGGGUGCAUCGGUCUUUUCUAAGAUUGAUUUGAGGUCUGGAUACCAUCAAUUGAAAGUGGCAGAUGGAGCAACUUCAAAGACAGCUUUUAGAACAAGAUAUGGGCAUUAUGAGUUCCUGGUAAUGCCUUUUGGACUCACUAAUGCACCAGCGAUAUUUAUGGCUCUUAUGAACAGAGUUUUCCACGAAUAUCUUGAUAAGUUUGUGAUUGUGUUCAUAGAUGAUAUUCUCAUCUAUUCAAAAAGCGAGGAGGAGCACAAAACUCACCUUAGAAUUGUGUUGCAAAUUCUAAGAGAGAAACAAUUAUAUGCAAAAUUCUCAAAAUGUGAGUUUUGGCUGAAGGAGGUAAUAUUUCUGGGACAUGUAAUUUCUAGAAGAGGUGUCGAGGUGGAUCCGAAAAAGGUGGAAGCAGUGGUGAGUUGGGCUCCACCAAAAGAUGUGUCUGAGUUGAGAAGUUUUCUUGGCAUGGCUGGUUAUUAUCGGCAGUUUGUCGAAGGAUUUUCCAAAAUUGCUGCACCAUUGACCAAACUGUUGAGGAAGAAUACUAAGUAUGUUUGGGAUGAAUCAUGUCAAAAGAGUUCUGAUGAACUGAAAAAGAGAUUGACCACAACACCAGUACUUGCACUACCUUCAAGUCAGGGAGAGUUCGUGGUGUAUAGUGAUGCCUCGUAUCAAGGAUUGGGUUGUGUGUUAAUGCAAGAUGGAAGAGUUAUCGCAUAUGCCUCUAGGCAAUUGCUUCCUCAUGAAGUAAAUUAUCCCACUCAUGACUUAGAAUUGGCACCGGUGGUAUUUGCUCUCAAGAUUUGGCGACAUUAUUUGUAUGGUGAGACUUUUAAAAUCCUAACUGAUCACAAAAGCUUGAAGUAUAUUAUGGAUCAGAAGGAUUUAAAUAGUCGCCAGAGGAGAUGGAUAGAGUUGUUGAAAGAUUAUGAUUGUACCAUUGAUUACCAUCCAGGUAAAGCUAAUGUAGUUGCUGAUGCUCUGAGCAGAAAAGGCAAGAAGAAUAUAACGGAUCUGGUUGAUUUGACGGCAAUGAAUGUUGAUUUGGAAGUGGAUGGUGUAACAGGGUUACUAGCUCGGUUGAACAUUCGACCUUUGUUGCACGACAAAAUUCGUGAGAAGCAGAAGGAGGACCCAGAGUUGGAAAAAAUCAUUCAAGACAUUGAGGAAGGAAAAGAAAGCCCAUUUGAAAUGGUAGAUGGCAUGUUGAAGAUGAAUGGAAGAGCAUGUGUUCCUAAUGUUGAUAACUUGAGGAAAGAUAUCCUAGAUGAAGCUCAUUCUUCUGCUUAUGCUAUGCACCCAGGAGCAACUAAAAUGUAUCACACGAUCAAACCAUAUUUUUGGUGGCGUGGGAUGAAAAAGGAAGCGGCUGAACAUGUUUUCACAUGUCUAGUAUGUCAGAAAGUUAAGGCAGAACAUCAAGCUCCCGUGGGAAAACUGCAACCACUUCCAAUUCCAGAAUGGAAGUGGGAAAGAAUCACAAUGGAUUUUGUGUAUGGUCUCCCACCAUCAAGGGGAAAGGAUGCAGUAUGGGUUAUUGUGGACCGACUAACCAAAUCGGCUCACUUUUUACCCAUUAGAUGGAAACCAUCACUGGAGACUUUGUCUCAACUAUAUAUUAAGGAGAUCGUCAGAUUGCAUGGUGUGCCAAUUUCUAUUGUCUCUGAUCGAGACCCGAGCUUCACAUCUCGGUUUUGGCAAAGUUUACAUGAUGCUUUGGGAACUAAACUGCAUUUUACUUCAGCUUAUCAUCCUCAAAUAGAUGGGCAGAGUGAACGAACCAUCCUAAAUUUGGAGGAAUUACUUCGAUCAUGUGUAAUGCAAUGGGAGGAAUCAUGGAUUGACCAUUUGCCCUUGAUUGAGUUUGCUUACAACAAUCAGUACCAUAGUAGUUUGGGUGUUCCGCCAUAUGAAGCACUUUAUGGGAGGAAAUGCAGAACACCAUUAUGUUGGGAUGUAGAAGGAGCAAGGCAAAGCUCAGGGCCAGAGAUAGUUCAGAUCACAGUUGAUAAGGUCAAGGAAAUCAGGGAGCGUAUGAGGGUGGCUCAAGAUCGACAAAAAUUUUAUGUUGACACGAAUAGGCGUGAAGUUAAUUUCGAAGUGGGUGAGAAAGUAUUUCUCAAAGUGUCACCAUUGAAAGGGGUGAUGAGAUUUGGUAAGAAAGGAAAGCUUGCACCUCGAUAUAUUGGGCCAUAUGAAAUCACAGAGAAGAUUGGACCAGUGGCUUAUAAGUUAGCAUUGCCUCCAGAACUAUCCCAAAUCCACAAUGUAUUUCAUGUUAGUAUGCUGAAGAGGUACAAAGUGGAUCCUUCCCAUGUUAUACAACCAGAAGAGAUCGAGUUGGGUUCAGAUUUGACUUUUGAAGAGGUUCCAGUUGAGAUUGUUGGUUUUCAGAUUAAGAAUCUUCGUAGGAAGGAAAUCCCAAUGUUGAAAGUGGUUUGGAGAAAUCAAGAAAGUGAGAGUGCUACCUGGGAAACUGAAGCAAGUAUGCGAGAGAAGUACCCUGAGUUAGUAGCAACCUACUUUGUAGGUUAACAAUCUUGCUUAGUAAGUUAUGUUUUGAACUUGCUGAUAUGCUUUUGUUGUGAUAGCCCAGUAUAGGUUUUUGAAACCUAAAAAUGGGAACUUGAGGUGUUAUGUGUUUAUUUAUGUACUUCAUAUCGCCUAACCUGAGAGUUAGGUAAUGGUUUAUCUAUGAUAGACCAUGUCAAGGGUAAGUAAUUGGACUAAGGGUACAACUCAAGGUUAGAUUUCGGGGACGAAAUCUUUCAAUGAGGGGAGAAUUGUAACAUCCCAUUUCGGCUAAACCCAUAUUUCGAUCGCUAGAAAGUUCGCGAUUUAAAAUCGAGCAUUUUGGUAGUAUUUCGGCAAAAAUCGGAUUAUCGAUCGAUCGGAUAAGUAUACGUAUUAAUUUUAUAUAUAUAUAUAUAUAUAUAUUAAGCGGCCGCAUAUAUAUAAACUUUCCCCUUUCCCACCCCGUCCAUUAUUCCAUCUUCUUUCUUUCUGUUCCAUUAAAUUGGGUCGAGAGAAAAUGAGAAGCAGGGCGCGCAGGGGAGGAACAGAAAAAUUCUCCGAGCUCAAUUCUUGAGCUCUAGUGAUCCAAAAAUCUCGUAAGUAAUGCCUAAUUCAUCUAUACAUCGUAGUUUAUCGAUUUAGAGCUUUAAAACGAGUUUUUGGUUCAGGAAUUUCUUGAAUUCCCCAUAAGCCAAAUUAGGGUUCGGAGUAUCCGGAAGCCGGAUUGAGCCCAAAUUUCAUAUACGAGCUUCCUGCAGCGAGGUAAUCAAUCCUCUAGUUCUAAUCCCUGAAUUUUGGUAAUUAUUUAGGUCGGGGUCCAAACCGCUGAAUUUAGCUCUGGCCAGGGUUUGAUGUGUUUUUAUCAAGAAUUUGACCCGGAGCCUAGAACUAAUAUUGACGGGGAUACUGCAGGGGAUAUUAGGACGGUCUCGGAUUUUAAUUCGGGGUUCGUUCGUGAAAUUGACGUUUUAGUACGGAAAGGUUAAACCGGUGUUCGAACGACCAAAACUGGUGAGGGAUUAGCACGGCAUACCGGGUUUGUCGUAUCAGGAUAAUUAUAUUGAUGCUUAGAAUUGACCUAGGUGAAUUAGAAUGGCAUGAUUAGGGGUGUAUGGACUUUUCUGCUAUAUGAUGAACUAUAGGCUUCUGUAUGAUAUUAUUGACUUGCCCUAAUCGAUAUGGACCUUGUUUAUGUUGAUGAUUGCAUAUAUGUUGCAAAUUGUGGGCUUGACUGUUAAUAUGCUUUACAAUGGUUCGAGAAGGUGAUUAGGUAGGAUUUUUCAUGAUUGUUGUAUUUGGAUGCACAAGUGGGAGAAUAUAUAUUCCCUGGUGAUAGUAUGAUGUUUAAGGAGGAUGACUUGCACGAGGGUUUAUCCCAAGGAAGUGCAAUUAUACGACUCCUGAUUUACCUAUGUCGAGCCAAUUAUGGCCAGGUCAAGUACAUGUGCAAGUAAUGAAUUAUGGUUAAGCAAGAUGAGAUAUGAAUCAUGUAUAAGGAUACCAAAUAUGAGUGUUGUGGUCUCACGGUCAACUACAUAGUAAUUAGGGCUUCGUAUGCUAUUACUCUGUUAUGAUAUGUAUGAUAGUCACACCUCUCAUGUGGUGGUGACUGAAGAAUUCUUACGAGAUAUGACCACACCCAGAGUGGUGUCGGGGUAUGACUACACCCAUAGUGGUGUGGGGUAUGUAUGACCACAUCCGACGGGAUGUUGGGGUAUGUAUGACUACAUCCGACGGGAUGUGGGGUAUGUUUCCCGAGAGAGUUAUUAGCAUGGGAGUAGCCAUGCGCCUAUAAGUAAAACACGAUAAGACGC